CAGCAUUCGCAAUUCGCGGUUUCCCUGGAACCACUUAUGGCGCCUUCUUUAAAUUAUUGAAUCUGGCUAGGGUUUCACUCUCUCACUCCCUCUCGCGACUUUUCACUCCCACUCGAUCCAAUUCGCUAGGGUUCCAUCUUCUCGAUCCCUAAUUUCUCCCCCAAACGCAAGAAAGAGAGAAAGAAACGACAAUGGCCGUGGCUCUGACGCCGGGGGCGAUAACCACGAUGUGCAGCGGCAAUUGCACCGAGGAGUUGAAGCCGGUGCUGCAGGUUUUGGAGUUGAAGCUGGUGCAGUCGCAGCAAAACAGCACCACUGAGAGGUACCGUUUGGUUCUCUCCGACGGUUCCUUUUACCAGCAAGGGAUGCUCGCCACGCAGAAGAACGACUUGGUUCAUUCCCAAAGGUUGCAGAAAGGCUCCGUUGUUAGACUCACUCAGUUCAUCUGCAACGUUGUCCAGAACCGCAAGAUUAUCAUCAUCGUCGACCUAGAUGUUUUAAUGGACAAAUGUGAGGUGAUUGGAGAUCCUGUCGCUGCACCAAGAGGCACACCUGCAGAACCUGCCGCUGGUCAAUCUGGACUCACCUCUGGGAAUUCACAAUCUUUAAAUAGCAGUUCACAUGCAGGUGGCAUGGCUGCUAGGCCAAAUGUUGCUGGGCCAUCUCUGGAUCAUCCAAAAGUGAAUUCUCCUGCCAGUAGUUAUGUUAGUAAUUCUUACCCUGGAUCUAGUUAUGCUAGUAAUGCCCCUGCUACGCACCAUAAAGUAGAGGCUGGAGAAAGUUUGUCCAGAACAGCAUCAUUCAGUGGGUCUUAUGGUGAUCAGAACACAAGUUUCCGCAAUCCCCAAUCUGAGGCUUCUAGGCCUUUGCAAAACUCUUAUUCUCGUCCACCUCAGCCUAUGUACCGGCAGCCAUCUCCAAUGUACACUAACAGAGGGCCAAUUGGAAGAAGUGAUGCUCCCCCCAGGAUAAUUCCGAUAGCGGCAUUGAAUCCAUACCAGAAUAUGUGGACAAUUAAAGCCAGGGUAACAGCUAAGCAAGAAAUCAGGCACUAUAACAAUGCCCGAGGUGAAGGCAAGGUGUUUUCUUUUGACCUUCUGGAUUCUGACGGUGGAGAAAUUCAAGCAACUUGCUUCAAUACUGUGGCUGAUCAGUUCUAUAAUUUAAUUGAAGUUGGCAAGGUGUAUCUAGUUUCCAGGGGAAGCAUAAAAGCAGCUCAGAAGAAUUUUAAUCACCUUCGCAAUGAUCAAGUCCUAACCCUUGAUUUGUCAUCAACUAUACAGCCAUGCCCCGAUGAUGAUAGCUCAAUUCCCAAGCAGACAUUUAAUUUUCGUUCCAUUAGUGAAAUUGAGAGUGUGGAAAGCAACAGCAUUGUGGAUGUGAUUGGUGUGGUGACUUCUAUAGGUCCUACAGCUUCAAUCAUGAGAAAAAAUGGCACUGAAACUCAGAAGAGAAGUCUCCAGUUGAAAGACAUGUCUGGAAGAAGUGUUGAGCUGACUUUAUGGGGAAAUUUUUGCAAUGUAGAUGGGCAAAGGUUGCAAAAUAUCUGUGACUCCGGGGCAUUUCCAGUUUUGGCCACAAAAGGUGUUAGAGUGAAUGAUUUCAAUGGGAAGUCAGUUGGGACUAUAAGCACUAGCCAGCUAUUUGUAGAGCCUGAUUUUCCUGAGGCUUACACACUGAAAAGAUGGUUUGAAAAUGAAGGGAAGAAUGUCCCAACGCUCUCUAUUUCCAGGGAAACAUCUAGUUUUGGUAAAACUGAUGUGCGGAAGACUAUAUCUCAAAUUAAAGAUGAGAAGUUAGGGACUUCCGAAAAGCCUGAUUGGAUAUCUGUUUGUGCAAAUGUUUCAUUCAUUAAGGUUGAUAACUUCUGUUACCCCGGAUGUCCUAUCAUGAUAGGGGAUAGGCAAUGUAACAAAAAGGUGAUUAAUAAUGGGGAUGGGAAAUGGCAUUGCGAUAGGUGUAAUCAGUCUAUUGAAGCUUGUGACUAUAGGUACAUACUGUCAUUGCAGAUACAGGAUCACACUGGCCUAACAUGGGUUACUGCUUUCCAGGAGAGUGGUGAGGAGAUCAUGGGUAUUCCUGCAAAGGAUUUGUAUCAUCUGAAGUAUGAAGAGCAAGAUGACGAAAAAUUUGCUGAAAUCAUCCAUAAGGUUCUCUUCACCAAGUAUGUGUUCAAGUUAAAAAUAAAAGAGGAGACAUUCAGCGAUGAACAACGUGUUAAAUCAACUGUAGUAAAAGCAGAUAAAGUAAACUUUGCGUCUGAAUCUAAUUUUCUUUUGGAUUUGAUUGAUAAAAUCAACACUGACAAAUCACAAUGUACCACCUUUCCUAACUCUCUAACCAAUAAUACUGGACUGGGGAGCGUUGAAUCUGUGCAAUUUAAGCCACCACCUUAUAAUCCUAUAAAGAGCAGCACUGAUACCAGUAGAGAUUAUGGCAUGCCAGCAAAUCAAGUGGGUCAGUAUGGAAACCAAUAUAACAAUUUUUCUUCAGCAGGUGCUCCUAGUUCAUAUUCUUCAUCAUGUACCAACUGUGGAGGCUCUGGCCAUAGCUCUGUACUUUGCCCAAAUGUUAGAAAUGUACCUGGACAGUAUGCUGGAGGAGGCUUUUCCAACAGGUCUUCUGCAGGAUCUGGUGGUGGUGGUGGUGCUGGUGAAUGCUUUAAGUGCCAUCAACCUGGCCACUGGGCAAGAGACUGUCCUGGUUUCAGUGCAGCACCUCCAGCAUAUGGAGGCACUAAUGUAAUGCAAGGGAGAUACGGGAUCGCUCAAAAUCAACAUUUUGGAGGACAUUGAAAUUUGUCCAACCCAUAUUUUGAGCUUUUUAGAGUUUAUUUUCAUUUUGUUUUCAAGCAUAUCAUGUCCAUGUCUUAAAUAUAUAAGCAGUUUCGUGUUCACUGUCAACUCUGUAUAUACAGGACAUAAUUAUGUAGUAUUGGUGCGACGUUUCUGGAUGAUGUUGACACGAUGCACAGAUAUUUUGAAACGCUUGCUCGUUCAUCAUGUUAAAAGAUUUAUCGUAACCGUUUCGGUGAGACAAAGGAUUUUUUUUUCUUUAUUA